GGAGCUUUGCGGGAUUGGCGCAGAAGGAGUCGCAGCAGGAAGAGCGACACGUUUUCUUCGUUUAUUUUGAAGACUUAUUAACUCGAACUAGCAGUUCAACCAGUUAGAACUGGUCCACACCCAGUCCCAGUUUACUUUCAGUUUUUCACUCGGGACUUUCCACGCCAGGCAAGGUUUGCUAAGAAACGAUGGCCAGUAAACUGGACAUUCCUCUAUAUGAGGCGUCACUCAGCAUUGUGAGAAGAUGUGGAGCCGAUCUGUGUGAAAUCAUCAACACUAAAUUCGGAUGUGUGGCCGCCAUCGAGGGUGUGGAGAAUGAGAGCAGGAGUUCACACCAGCGACCGCCAGCAAUCAUUAAGCCAGAGAGAAGAUUUGAGUUCAUGAUGCAUUCAGGUGUAAAGGUUUCUGUGUGGAAGGCUGAUCUCACCAAUUUCCCUGCUGAUGCUGUUGUGAAUGCUGCUAAUGAAGAUUUAAAGCAUUAUGGAGGCCUUGCUCUGGCUCUGUCUAAAGCUGGUGGUCCUCAAAUCCAACUGGAGUCUGAUGAUUAUAUUAAAAAGUAUAGUAAAGUAAAUACAGGAGAGGCAGUUGUUUUGAGUUCAGGGUCACUACCAUGCAAGAUGAUAAUUCAUGCUGUGGGUCCAGAUCUGUCAAUGAGUGCUUUCAACUUCGAUCCAGAAAAAGGUAGACCUGCUUUGGAGAAAACCAUCAAGAGUAUUCUCAACAGAGUUGGAGAGAAUCAUCUGGCAACUGUUGCCAUUCCUGCCAUUAGCUCCGGGUUGUUCAACUACCCACUGCGAGAAUGUGCCAACACCAUAGUGUCAACUAUAAGAGCCUUCUGUGACAAGCUGCCUCACCAGAACCAUUAUCCAAAAGAAAUCUUCCUUGCCAACCAUGAUGAGCCCACAGUGCAGGAAAUGGAGAGAGCAUGCAAUCAGAUAUUCAAGCCUCAGCAGAAGCAAACUUACAGCAGUGCUGCAGCACAAAAUACCCGAAGCGCCGAAAACGCCACACAACCUUCAGUCACAAUUGGAAAUGUCCAUCUGAUUCUAAGGAAGGGGAAAAUUGAAGAACAAAGAACGGAUGUCAUUGUAAACACUGCAUCAGGGGACCGAAACCUGAGUAUUGGUAAAAUUUCUGGUGCUAUUUUGGACAAAGCAGGUUAUGGGAUCCAAAAUGAAAUAAAGCAAGCUCAAAAGAAGGGCUAUAUCAUCCGCACAAAAUCUUACAGACUAUACUGCAAAGAGGUGUUUCACACCUUUUGCAUUGAAAAAGCACGUGAUCCAGCAGCAGAUCAGAUCCUUUACUCUUCGGUUUUGGAUUGCUUAUCGAUUGCCGCUGCACAGCAUUACAACUCCAUCACCUUUCCGGCUAUCGGCACCGGAGCUCUUGGGUUUAGUAAAGCAGAAUCUGCCUCCAUCAUGUUGGCUGCAGUCUCUGCAUUUGCCCAAAAUUGUCUAAACAGGAUGGAUAUUCACUUUGUCAUAUUUCCUUCUGACCAUGGGACAUUCCAGGCCUUUGAGUGGGAAAUUGGACGUUUACAGAAAAGAUCAGCAUCUUUCAACUUUCCACCUGAAAUAACAGGUGCAGAUGGGAAAUCCAGACAUCGCUCUCCCCAGCAACAUCCUCUACCUUAUUCUGGUGACCAACACAGGACAGAAGCAUCUUGGAAUAAAGAUGAAUCCCAGUCCAGCAGAGCUCCAGCCCCACAGAUCAGCCUGGUUUGUCCUUCUGAAGAAUCAAAACAUGAGGCUGAGCGAUGGCUCAAGAACCGCCUCUCUACGGAUUCUCACUCCGUCACGAUCAACAACAACUUCCUCUCGCACUUCAGUGAUCACGACCAUCUGCAACUGGCCGUUUCAGCUGAGAAAGGGUUGAUCGUGGAGGAGUUUUUCUCAAAGGGUCAUGCAUGUUUAGAAAUAAAUGGAGGUUCAAAGGAAGAAGUUGCUGUUGCUGGUUUGAAAGUGGAGGCUAUGCUCUGCAAAAUCCAAAAGGAGUUCAUCAGAGAGGAAGAACAUGGACUGCAGAUGCUGUUUAACACAGAGCUGUCCCAUAAAAGAAAGCCAGUUGAAAAGUCAAGUAGAGAAUUCUCAAGUCGACAUGAAGCCUUCAGUCACGCACUGAAAGUAACAAAGGUGGACAAAGUGGAGAAUGCUGCUCUGAAGGCGAUGUUCGAUAUGAAGAAAAAGCAACUUGGCAGCUCCUCUUCUAAAACGAUGUUUCAGCGCAUUCCUGCUCAGUUUUGUGAGAUGGUCAGCCGAAUUGGAUUCCAUGCAGAGUGUGCACCGCCUGAAGACCCAAAGUAUGGAGAGGGAAUCUACUUCUCAAGCAGCAUAGGAACAGCGUUGGAGCUGUGGAGGGAGAAAGGUGAGGAGUACCUGUACUUUGUGGAGGCUGAAGUCCUGCUGGGAAACUCGGCUAAAGGUGAACGAGGAUUUAUUCUUCCUCCUCCGGUUGGAAAAGAUCCCAACAUUCUCUGUGACAGCGUGUAUGGAGGAUCUGACGUCUCUAUUAUCUUCAGCGGUUAUCAAGCUUUGCCAAAGUACAUUAUCACCUGCAAGAAGAAUUCACGUUAGGGUGAUCUUUCUGAAAUCAGAAUCUGAUUGCAGAAAGAUUGAUCAAGAAUCUCCAGAGAAAUAAACUAGAGUUUUCUAUAAAUUCACUUUUAGCCUCAGAGAAAGAAGUUCAAAAAUAAACUUGUAUGCUGACUCAGAAACUAAAAAGUUUUUGUUAUAUUAGAAACUUUGAUUUUCACAUUGGCACAUUAUAAACAGAACAAAUAUAUUAGUCUUAUUAUAUCUUUGUGUAUAACCGUUAAACAAUGAUAAUGAUGAGCAAUAGUAGGUUUGUAAAAAUAUGAAAGUUUCUGUUUUUUCUUAACUUGAUCAAAUAUAUUAAAAUAUCUUUGGUUCAGAAUCCUGCUUUUAUUAUUUUAUGAUUUAUUUAAUAUUUUUUUGCAGUUUGGGGACAAAAUGACCAAAUUGCAUAGCAACAAAAGUUUUAUAAUCAUCUGUUUGCUGAUGAAAAGUGUUAAGUAUGUUAAAUCAAAAACAUUAUUUGGGAUCAAACCAAUAAAGGCAUCAGUUUAUUUGACUUUACUUUGUAAAUCUAGCAUCAAUCUUUCUAUGCUCUAUAUAAAGCAGGUGCCUGGCAGCAUAUCUGGAUGUAUAUUUCUAAGGGAUCGUUGCCUAAAUGUGUGUGUGAACAUGUAAACAUUGUACUAAUGCUGCUGUAAGUAAAUCGAUAUUAAUAAAGGAAGUUGGACAUAAGCAA